AGCCAGUUCCUCUGCGCCUCGCUUUGGAAAGGGGCAGAUGGCCGAGCCGGUCAGGAUAGCUGUGCGUCCCAGAGACCCCUGGGCCCGGUUCCCAUCCCCACAGGCCUACCCCUCCCUCUCCCUCUCUCUUUCGCCCACCCACACCCCUAUUCUCCGCUGUUAACACAGGAAGGUGGUGAGCAGCUCUCCCUCGCAGUCCGGCAGGGUGAAGCAGACGGUGACCGCGCCCGCCAUGUCCUCGCGGGUGUUGCUACGGCAGCAGCUGAUGCGGGAGCAGACCCAGGAGCAGGAGCGGAAGGAGCAGCAAGCGGCCGCUCUGCGGCAGCAGGAACGCAGCCCUGCCAACCUCUCCCGGGCCAUCAACGUCGCCGGGCCCCUGCCCACCAAAGCGCAGGUCCCUGUGGAGGUCCUCAAGGUGCAGACCCACCUGGAGAAUCCCACCAGGUACCACAUCCAGCAGUCCCAGCGCCAGCAGGUCAAGCAGUACCUCUCCACCACCAUGGGGGGCAGCAGUGAAGGGGCCAGCCCGGUAUUGGCUGGUUCUCACUCCCCCCGGCCGGCGGGCAGCACCCCCAACAGCCCCAUGGCCCUGCUCAAGAUUGGCGCCAACUCGGAGAAAGAGAUGGACGACGUCAUCGACGAGAUCAUCAGCUUGGAGUCGAGUUACAACGACGACAUGAUGGGGUUGGCCAAACCCGUCCUCCAGAUGCCCAAUACCCUGCCCGUGUCCGGGAACCUGUUGAGCAUCUACACCACCCAGAGCCUGACCAACGCAACAGUCACCAUCAGCAACUCGUGCCCUGCCAACCUCCCGAACGGCAAGGACAGUGCAGACGCCGAUGUCAAGGCUUUAAUCAAGGAACGGCAGAAGAAGGACAACCAUAAUCUCAUUGAGAGGAGACGCAGGUUUAACAUCAACGACAGGAUCAAAGAGCUGGGUGCGAUGAUCCCAAAGUCCAAUGAUCCGGAGGCUCGCUGGAACAAGGGCACCAUCCUCAAGGCCUCGGUGGACUACAUCCGGAAGCUGCAGAAGGAGAGCAGCCGUUCCAAAGAGCUGGAGAUCCGGCAGAAGAAACUGGAGCACACCAACCGAAACCUGUUGCUGCGGAUUCAGGAGUUGGAGAUCCAGGCCCGGGUCCACGGCCUCUCACUGAGCUCGCCCUCGGGCCUGAACACCGCCCAGUUGGCCGCCCAGGUCAUCAAGCAGGAGCCGUCACAAGGCAGCCAGGCUGCCGUUGAGCCCCCGCGGCUUCCCAGCGUGCCGCAGGCAGUAGGCCCAAGCAUGGACCUGGGCCUGGACCUCGGGCUGGGCCUGAGCGACCAGCCGCUGGCCUUCGACUCCAUGACCGACAUGCCCUUCCCGCUGAAGCUGGACUCCGGCCUGGGCAACAUCCUGAUGGACGACCUGCUGUCCCCGGUCGGGACCACUGACCCACUGCUCUCCUCGGUGUCGCCUGGGGUGUCGAAGGGCAGCAGCCGCCGCAGCAGCUUCAGUAUGGAGGACGAACCGGGCUGUUAGGGGGACCCGAACAUG